GGGGGGGAGCAGGUCUAUGGCUGCUGCAGGCUUAUCCCUUCGUGGCCAGGAUAAGAAACCGCGGCGGCGAUGAUCCCAACCCCGCGGCACCAGCACGUGGGUCCAGAGGGUCCCUUCAGCGCUGUUUAUGAGCCCGCCGAAGACACUUACUUGCUGCUCGACGCCCUCGAGCAGGAUGCCGAGGCUCUGAGAAGCGCCGGCAUCGAUAUAUGCCUUGAAGUAGGAUCUGGAUCUGGAGUAGUUUCAACUUUUUUAGCUUCAAUUGUUGGAUCCAAAGCAUUUUACAUGUGUACUGAUAUCAACCCUGUGGCUGGUCUAUGCACAGCAGAGACAGCUAGACAAAAUAGUGUUCACAUUCAGCCAGUAAUUACUGACCUGGUAACAGGGUUGUUCACACGAUUACAUGGAAAAGUUGAUUUGCUGUUAUUUAACCCACCUUAUGUGGUAACCCCUUCUGCUGAGAUACAAACUCAUGGAAUAGAGGCAGCCUGGGCUGGAGGUAAAAAUGGCAGAGAGGUUAUGGAUAGACUGUUUCCACUUGUGUCAGACUUACUAUCAACAAGAGGAUUGUUUUAUUUAGUUACAAUUAAAGAAAAUAAUCCAGAUGAAAUUAUUAAAAUAUUGCAGGAAUGUGGUUUAAAUGGCAAUAAAGUAAUUUCCAGACAAGCAGGAAGGGAGUAUCUUUCAGUACUGAAAUUCUACAAAUCCUGAAACUGGUUUCUGGAGGAAUCUUCAUAUAGUACACUCUUUGCUUUAAAAUACUAUCUUAGAUUAAUUUGUUACAUUUAAGUGCAAUUAAAUUCUAACUGCUGUCAACAAGUAUACAUUAGCGCAUUAUCUUAAUUCAAAAAUAUGCAUAAUAUUUCCAUAUGUAAUCAAAAUUUUGACAAUAAAUUUAUAAAAGUGGAAACAUUGUUACAAUCCUGUCAUACAAGUAAUUAGGAGAGAAAUUGUAGCUGUUGUCCUAAGUUGCUUCUUUUUACCAUCUGAGUUUCAGAGAUUCUGAAUGAUGAAUUUAGCACUGAAGUAAUUCUCUUGUUUCUGUUGCAUAUUCUGACUUCAGGGGCAAGCAGAGUUUAAGUAAAAAUAGCUGUUUGAAAUAGCUUUUUCAACCUUACGAAAAAUGUUUCAAAUUUAGAAUUCUUAUAGGUAUUCUACAUUGGCUUGGUAGAAAUAAGAACAAGCACCUGCAAGGUGAAUGUUUAAGUAAAAACAACUGUUUCAAAUUUGAAAUAGUUAUUACAAUUUCACAAUAAAUAUUUCAGGUUUAGAAUAUUAUUAGAUAGUCAGAAUACUUAAAAUAUAGUUGGAACAGCUGUUUCAAACUUGAACGUUUAAAUUCAGAAUCUUUUGCACACCACUAAUCCCUACUACAGUACUGGCAACUGCUAUAAGCUGUACUAGUUGACUCACAAUAUUGUUUGCCGCUACCUCAAAUCUAAUACACAGUUUAAAAAUCAGUACCACAGAUGCAUAUGUGAGUAUCUCAAGUGUGCGUAUAUCCCUCUCAUUUUGAACCCUUAAUACCAAUUCUAAUCGUGAUCUCUAACUGAGCAAACUAUUAAAUUGCUCUGCAUGCUGCUAAAAAUCUUUCAACCUUAACAGGGCUUUCUUAUGUAAGACAAGAUACACUACAUAGCCAGAGAUCAAAAACUGUUACACGUCACCCAUUUCUACAUUUCGCAUCUGAAUAUUUUAAUGCAAAGAUAGUAAAUAACACUAAUAAAUGAUCAA